AUGUUGUUUUCCGAUGCCGCCGCAGCAAACUGCACACUGCUGUGUCCGCUGACACACGCAGACGAAGAUCCCUAUGGCGGCGGCCUGUCGGUUGAAACACUUAUUAUAGAUGAAGAUGACACAGCUGUCCAGAGCCGCGGCCGCCGACUGACGUCUGCAGACUUCAUAGGGGAGCACCGCGUAAUCGCGGUAAGGAGGAGCCUGUACAAGCUCCACUGCAUCGAAAGCGAAGGCGGCAUUCUUGCUCCUUUCUUUGCAGCAAUUUCGGAGCCUUGGAGUCCCCUUAACCCACACCGAACAGGAGUACUAACUCCCGUCUCUCCCGACGCGCUGUUGUUGGGACCCUCUAGUCUACGGCCACUGGAGGACCUGCUGGUAAUCCCUCGUCGCCCAUCUGCGGCAUUGGCCUUAUUGAACGACUUGUUGAAUUUACAUCGAGAGCAGCAUGGUGGGUCCAUAGGUCGUCCAAUGGCCCGGCCACUGGGAGUCGAACCCAGGGUGCCAGACCGUGAACUGUUCGCAUUUCAGGAAGCGCAAUAUUACCCCUCCUAUGAAGCUGAAGGAGAUGCAGCCGGCGCUCGCUCAGAGUCUUGCAGUUUGGACGACGGAAAUAGCUUUUUCGAGGAAGGUUCCGCCGCAGUAACAGAAGGACCAACGCCUGGUGGUAAGUGUGAUGCGUGGUUGGAAUGCAUCGAGGUAGAGAUGCCUAGAGCUGAAUAUGACGGAUUGACUGCGCGUACAGCAGAGCUUGAGAAGUCUUUGGUCCUAAAAAGGCAAAACGUGGUCAACGCCAUUGCUAGUUUGGCUUGGGAGCGCCGCCUUCUUCAGUCACACUCGGUCAGUUGGUUGCCUCCGCUAACUCUAACUGCGGACUCACGGCUGUCUAGAUGCGCCACUGCUUCAGCAGACCUGCAACCGCUGGCAGCGAGGGCAACUAAUCGCUUGUUGAGUCUAUGCGAGGCUCUGGUCCAGUCGGUGUCUUCACACCAGCAGCAUGUCUCCCGUAAAGCAGCAGCUGACGCCGUUGCUGCUGCUUUGGAGCAGCACAGCCAUCUCGUGGGCGCCGUCAGAGCCCUCACUGCAGCAUACGGCGACCUGGCCAUCUUCCGCGCUAGAUGUGACAGCCGGGAGGCCAUAAGAAACUCUUGUCUAGUGCAGACUGAAAGCAGGGGUUCUUCCGGAGGGUCUGCUGGAGAGGACCUCAUAGAGGGCUCCAAAGCAGUUCCACUGGGACAAUCUCUGGUGUAUGAAAUGCAAGACGAAGGUCAUGAAGUUAGCCAGCCGGCGACGCUUGCAGUACCUGCCGACUCUGCUAGCAAGUCAGCGAGGCCCAGGAAAGCAGCAGCAGCUACCGGCAGGGCAAAAGCAAUUAGGAAGGAGCAAAAAGCAAAGAGAGCCAAGACAGACACGCCGGCCAGCGGAAGUGAUCAAACGGGGAGUAGAAAAGAGGCAAAAGCGUCACUUGUCACGAAAGCAAGUCAGCCAAAGCCAAAAGCAAACACAGUCGCAACAACACCAACAGCUGCUGCAGCUGCGAGUUCCAAAGCCAUAAAAACAAAGGCGAAUGCUGCACAUUCAGAGGGCAGCAGUCUCAAGAGCGUCUUGAAGAAAAGCAAAACGAAAGUCGUAAAAGCGAGCAAAGAUACGGACACCACGACGCCGCCGAUUCCUAACUUCUCAAAUGUAUCCAAGCCAGCAACAGUGAAACCGAGCGACACCUCCUCUCUUGAUUCGACGCAAUGCACGCAGCAGCAGCAACAGGGCCUUGCCGACGAAUAUGAGCACGGAAUAGACAGCAUCAAGGGGGAACAUGAAUUGGAACAGCUCAGAAGUGAAAGUCAUGCAGGCUUCAUGCCCGCACACACCAACAUGAAAUGUACAGAUGCCAGAGAAGUUGUCAGUGAGGCUGGAGGGAGCGAGCUGGCGUGGGGAUCCUCUGCUGCGCAGCCAUCCGCAGGCAGUAAGGAUGAAGAGUGUGCCAGUGAAGAGGGAAGUAGAGGCGUAAGCACGCCCCAGUGCAGCCAAACGACAAAAACGUGUAGCAGCAGCAGCACCGUCUGCCACUGUUCCCACUGCAUUCAGAGAGCUCCCCCCCGUACUAACCCAGGAGGGCCUCAUCAGCAUACAGAUCCCAGCUACAAUAGUGCAACUUUUGCUGAACAACCCACCUCUGCCAGCAGCACCAGCACCAGCAGCUUUAUGUAUGACGCACUGGCGUCUUUGCCUUCAAAGGAACUACGCCACUCAUCUCGCUCGAAAGUUUUUGACAUGAUCCAGAGGCAAGCGUCGGAAGCUAAAAUCAGGAGAGGCACUGAGGCCUAUGACUUCCGAAAGGCGUCAACCUUUCCGGGGACACUGCCACCGGCAAGAGCAGCAGCAGCAACAGCUGCACGGGAUAGAAGUAAGCUCCAGAAGUCGAACAGUGUUAGUAGAAGAGCAACAACAGCAAACAGGAGGGCGUCCAACAGCCAGACUGCAGCGCUGAACCGCUUCAGCAGCACCACCAACGAUAGGCGCGACGGCGCAGCCAUUUGGGGGCGCACAGGGUAUGUUGCAUCCUGA